ACUGCUUCUAACUGUAAAACCCUUGUCUAGGGUUUUCGGACCAUCUUUAUCUGGUGAGUCGGCCGUGUUUGUGUUCUCUGCAGGUAGACAUGGCGAAACCUGGUCGUGGUCGUCCGGCCACGCCUUCGGGCUCGGACUCGGGUUCGUCUUCUCCGUCCCGCUCUCGCUCGACUUCUGGUUCAGAUUCACGUUCUCGUUCACGGUCUCGCUCCAUUUCUUCCUCUUCCUCUCGUUCUCGGAGUGUCAGCUCUGGCAGCAAAUCCCCUCCGCCCCAGAGAAGAAGUCCUGCAGGAACAGCCAGGCGUCGUCCGUCUCCUCCACCAACUAAACGGGUUUCACCUCCACCAAGGAAAGCAUCUCCAGUUCUCGAGUCUGUAGUUCUGCACAUUGAUAAGCUAACCAGGAAUGUGAACGAAGGACAUUUAAGAGAAAUAUUCAGUAACUUUGGUGAAGUAGUUAAUGUGGAACUGAGUAUGGAUCGUAUUGUAAAUCUUCCUCGUGGAUAUGGCUAUGUGGAGUUCAAGACGAGGGCUGAUGCAGAAAAAGCCCUACUUUACAUGGAUGGUGCUCAAAUUGAUGGGAAUGUUGUUCAAGCAAGAUUCACCUUACCUCCACGCCAGAAAGUGUCAUCCCCUCCAAAGGCUAUUCCUGCCACUCAGAAAAGAGAAGCUCCCCAAAAGGAUAAUGUUGGUGCUGAUGUUGAAAAGGAUGGGCAGCGCCAGAGAGAAUCUUCUCCACGCCGCAAACCUCUUUCACCACCACGAAGGAGAUCCCCUGUAGCACAUCGAAGAGGUGAAUCACCCCGAAGGCGGCCAGAAUCUCCUCCACGACGGCGUGUAGAGUCCCCAGUUCGUCGCCGAGGAGAAUCUCCUUAUCGUCGUGGUGAAACACCUCCCAGAAGAAGGCCUGCAUCUCCAGUUAGAAGACGUUCUCCAUCACCUCUUCCAAGGCGGCACAGGUCUCCUGCACGAGCUUCUCCCCGAAGAAUACGUGGUAGUCCAGUCCGCAAGCGCUCCCCUGUCCCGCUGAGGCGACGAUCUCCUCCUAGACGAGCUCGUAGUCCUCCUAGAAGGUCACCAAUCCGUCGGCGUAGCCGCUCUCCUGUUCGUAGGCCUGCUCGGUCACGUUCAAGAUCAGUCUCUCCUCGCAGGGGUCGAGCACUGGCUCAAAGACGUGGAAAAUCUUCAUCCUAUUCUGGAUCACCAAGUCCUCGCAAGGGAGCAAGGAAAAUUUCAAGAAGUCGUAGCCCAAGAAGGCCUGGCCGAGGAAGAAGCAGUAGCAAUAGCCGUAGCAGCAGUUCCCCGCCUCCUAAACCAUAAUAAGUUACUCAACUAAACAACAGGUAGAUUUCUCUUCCCCAAACCCCUGCCCUCCCAAAUCGAAAAAAAGAGUGAAUAUAUGGACAUUUUGAUGUUAGUUUGGAAAGGGAAACCCAGAAACAUAAGACAGCAGUAAGAUCUCUUCAUGGCUCGCAAAGUUGGUGGUUUUCUGCAGUUGGAAUCAUGGCCUGCCUUGCAUGAGAAAUGUGCUUUC